CGCCAUAGUAGGAUUAGCCACCAGGUUUACCCUGAUUCUCCAUGGCAGCUCUUUUAGUUAGAAAAUGCGUCGGUACCUUCGUAUCCUGUUCCUUUUCACGUUAUUGAUCUUCUGCUCGGUGUUGUUUAGAUUUAAUCAGCUCGUGUCGUCGCUGGAGAGCGCGAAUCAUCUGGCGCGAGCACACCGGAUACGGGAAGAAGAGUCGGGCCUCAGUGCACGCGACAGGUGUAAUUCAGUGUCACUCACUCACUGGAACCCCUAUGGGAGACCGACACCUGCUGUUUGUGGCAAGAACUGCUGUAUGGAUGCGGCUCUUAGGUACACUGUGUCCGGCAGUCAGGAGCGUUUGGAGCCCGUCGGUGUGGCGGUGGUGGCGUGCGGCUCCAGGUUACAGGAAACGCUCACCAUGCUGAAAUCUGCCAUUCUCUUCAGCCGCAGAGAUUUGCACUUUUAUAUUUUUGCAGAAGACGAGCUCCACGACGGCUUCAGACAGACGUUGGACUCGUGCGGAGAGAAUCCCUCAAAGUUCAACUACAGUAUUUAUCCCAUCAGUUUCCAUGACAACAGCCGAGAAUGGAAGAAACUCUUCAAGCCCUGCGCUUCUCAAAGACUCUUCCUUCCUCUGAUCUUAAAGGAAGUGGACUCUGUGCUGUGCGUGGACACCGACAUCUUGUUCCUGCGGCCGGUGGAGGACAUCUGGAAGUUUCUCUCCGGGUUUAACGGCAGUCGCGUGGCCGCUAUGGCACCGGAACGCGAGGAGCCGCGGAUCGGCUGGUAUAACCGCUUCUGGCGACACCCGUAUUACGGCAAGACUGGAGUGAACUCAGGAGUCAUGCUGAUGAACAUGACACGAAUCCGAGCUAAGCGCUUCAAGAAUGACAUGACAACAGUGAAUCUGAAGUGGUCUGAGCUGCUGAUGCCGCUGCUGCAGAAAUAUAAACUGAACAUCACCUGGGGAGAUCAAGACCUGCUCAACAUUAUAUUCCAUCAUAACCCAGAGAGUUUGUUUGUGUUCCCGUGCCAGUGGAAUUACCGUCCGGAUCACUGCAUCUACGGCAGCAACUGCGACACAGCCGAACAACACGGCGUUAACAUUCUCCACGGCAACCGAGGGGUUUACCAUGACGACAAGCAGCCUGCGUUCAGAGCCGUUUAUGACGCCAUUCAGAAGUUUCCAUUUGGAAAAGAUCCAGUCCACAGUUUUCUUCUCCCACUGGAGGAAAAGCUAAAGGACGCAGAACACACGUACUGCGGUCGAGUCCGUCACAUCUUCACCAAACGCCUGCAGGAAAGUGUCCGAGAACUACAGAGAGACGAUGAGAAAACAAGACCAAUCACGUAACGUGUUCGAGAGCUUUGAAUCAUGUUUAUAGUUGUAAUCACUCUCAUAAAACCUCUCCUGACUAGUGACUGUGUAUCACUGAAAUUACUGAUAGAUCACAGACAUCAGUCAGACGGUCAGAAGCUGACAAUCAGUGGACAUGUAAACACAUAACCGUGUUGUGAAAUACUCUUAAUAACAGCGAGAACUGACAAUAAAUGCACUAAAUGACCUUCAUAAUGUACAUUACAUGGUCAACUCGUGUGUGUGAAUGAGAGUAAAUCCCAGCAGACAUGUUGAACAUUUAGUGGAAAGAUGAUCAGAAGAGUGGAAGCUCUUAUUCAUGACAGUAGUGCUGAAAUCACGUGUUUUUCAGGGGUUCACAAACGUUUUGGCCAUAUAAUAUAUGUUCAAAUGGUCAAUGGUUGAAUAUUUGAGUUAUAGAUUUGGUUCUUAUUGCAUCUAUUUAAGUGGUACAGAUUUAAUUUACAUAAUUGUAUUUUAAUGAUGGUGAUUUUUUUUAUUAUUAUUUUACAAUACAGAAUUUUGAAAAUAAUUAUUUAUGUGAAAAUAAAUACAUGUUGUACACAAAAUAUGACAUUGUUCGUAAGUUUACAAAUUUGUUUUGUUUUUCUGAUUAUUUGUCAAUCUGUUGUUGGGGGCUUAAAAUUUGUAAAUGUGUAAAUGUAAAUUCUUGUGCCAUUUGAAAAUCACAUAUUAUAAAACUGUAUGAUUCUAAAAUUUAAUUAAUAAUUUAGAUUUGUAUUUUUUUGUCAAUAGCUCAUUUAUUUAAGUGUCAGGUUUUGUCAGUGUUUUGGGGGUAUUUAAAGCAUUCAUGAUUUCACCUGCAUCCAUUUGUCAUAAUGGGUGAAAACACGUCUAGCUCAUAUUUCAUCCCAAAAUCAAAAGAAACAAGAAUUAGAUUUUUGACAUUGUUGCAUUAACAAUUAAGCUCCAAAACAAAAAGCUGCUCGUGGUGGCGCAGUGACUCGCCUCAAUCCGGGUGGCAGAGGACGAAUCUCAGUUGCGUCUGAGACCGUCAAUUCGCGCAUCUUAUCACGUGACUUGUUGAGCGCGUUACCGUGGAGACGUAGUGCGUGUGGAGGCUUCACGCUAUUCUCCACAGCAUCCACGCACAACUCGCCACACGCCCCACCGAGAGCGAGAACCACAUUAUAGUGACCACGAGGAGGUUACCCCAUGUGACUCUACCCUCCCUAGCAACCGGCCAAUUUGGUUACCCCAUGUGACUCUACCCUCCCUAGCAACCGGCCAAUUUGGUUACCCCAUGUGACUCUACCCUCCCUAGCAACCGGCCAAUUUGGUUACCCCAUGUGACUCUACCCUCCCUAGCAACCGGCCAAUUUGGUUACCCCAUGUGACUCUACCCUCCCUAGCAACCGGCCCAAUUUGGUUACCCCAUGUGACUCUACCCUCCCUAGCAACCGGCCAAUUUGGUUACCCCAUGUGACUCUACCCUCCCUAGCAACCGGCCAAUUUGGUUGCUAAGGAGACCUGACUGGAGUCACUCAGCAUAUCAGUUGUACAUUAUUACAGUGCAACAUAUAAAUGCAUAUCUUGGGUAAAUGAAAAAUGUAUAUAUUUAAUAUUGAAAUGUUGAACUGACCACAAGAUAAAGAAUUAUUGUAAGUGUGUAUCAUAAACUGAGAAUCGUGUCAGUGUCUCAAUCGUAAAAUGGGUUUGUAAUGUAAAUCUCAAUGAUGCAGUAUAUUUUUAUUAUAAAAAUUUUUUC